UCUUGUUAACCAUUGGAAUAAUGCAUCUGUUUUUUAUUUUCGUUUCCACGGAAGCCAAUACGUUAAUAUUGCAUCUACAAAUAUCGCUGUUAACCAUGUUUUUUGUUCAAGUUAAACAGGAAAAAGUAUAUUAUUGUGUUGAGGUAUUAUACAUUCUAAUUAAACAACAAAACGGGAUACAUAAAUUCAUUUUACCAUAAAAAAAGAAGAAGCUAAUAGUAAAUUCUAUUUAAAAAUAUUACUAAAUUAGAAUCACAAAGUUAUUUAUUUCAUAUAUGCUUUUAAAUUAUUUUAACUCAUUAGUCUAUGAGCAAAAUUUAAGUGCAGUCACCAUAAUUUAUGGUAAAAUUAAAUACAAACAUUUUUAUUAAAAUAAGAUUUUAAUUUUAAUUAAUAAAUAAUAUUUAAUUAAUAAAACUCUGAACCCUAAAUAAUGUUAUCAGCACUUAAAGAAUACCACCUAAAUUUUCAACUUUAUUCUGUUCACUUAUCACAUUGGGAUUGCAGUUAUAAUUAAUGAAAAACCUAUCAGGCAAAUCAAAAUCUAGCAUAACAUAAAUUAGGUUCAGUUUAGGAAAUUUUAGGUAAGGAAGCAAGAGCAAUGAAAAGGGCAUUUUUUACCUACAGAAGUUUCUGUCUGUUUAAAUUAAUUGUGUAGUUUUGAAGAAGCCCAUGAAAAAGAAAGAAACUUGGGAUUUAAAAAAGAAGAAUAAAAAGGUUUAAAAGCUAGCCGUUAGGAGCAUCUUCGUUUCCUUUGGCAACGGUAACAUGAUAAUUAGACCGUUCUGAUCUUAAUUAGUAGCAAAGCAUAUAUAAAUUUCUCUUAAACUCACAACUUGAUAUCCAUAUCAUAUCAUACUUUGAUUAAUCUAUACAGAGGAAAUGGGUGUGUCAACGAGUCCUCAAUAUCACAUCCACAAGGUGUUCCUCUUCUGCAACUACAUUCUCUUGGGUGCAGCUUCCAGCUGCAUCUUCCUCACCCUCUCUCUUCGCCUCCUUCCCUCAAUCUGUGGCUUCUUCUUGAUCCUUCUACACGCUUUCACCAUUGCAAGUGCUGUUUCCGCAGUCUCAGCAGGGACUAACCGCUGGUACUCUGCUCACAUGGUAGCCACUGUUCUAACGGCUAUAUUUCAGGGUUCCGUUUCGGUUCUCGUUUUUACCAGAACCGGUGAUUUUCUUGCACAAUUGAAGUCCUACGUGAGGGAAGAGGAUGCUUCGGUGAUUCUCAAACUUGGCGGUGGACUCACUAUUUUGAUCUUUUGCUUGGAGUGGGUAGUGUUGAUUCUUGCCUUUUUCUUGAAGUAUUACUCUUACGUAGAACGUGGUGAGGGUGGGGAUUCGAAGAGUUGCAAGAUUCAGCAGCUUGGGGAUUUUAAGGUUUAGUUUAUCGGUUUGGUUCAGUUUCGGAUUUCAGAACAGCUCUGUUGUGAAUUUGAACUGCAUUCGUUAAUUUCUUGGGGUUUUUUGACGUUUGAUUAUUCUUUUUAUUUUGUUUGUUGUUGUGUUGUGUUGUAAUUAUUAUGUUUGGAAUUCGGAUGCGUGAUUGAGUGAGAAAGAAGUAAAGUAAUGGCUGAAUGUAAAAGGAGGAGGAACAGUAGGUAGGGUAUCGGUAUCCUUGUUACAACGUAAUUAUUGUGGGGUUUUCUUUUUUUAAUCGAUUUUCUUUACUUUUUUCUGCUGGUGCCUUUCUUUUACAACCUGUGCAUAAUUUGAGAAUUAUGGAUCCUCAUCAUCCUCCAUCUCUUUGGUUGUUCAAAUUAUUUGACAAAAACUUGUUAAAGAAGGCACUAAGUGAAACCAGUAUAGUAUAAACGACUUUUCUUGGUAAAAGAAAAGGCUUGUUUUUUGCCAUUUACAUUUUUCUCCAUUUCAAGAAGACAGAUUAGUGGGUUUAUUGUUCCCUUCAUUGCCUAAUUAUACUUGAUAUGCAAACAGCCCUAAAAGCCAAUGACAAAACCAACAUGAUGACACAGGUAAAUUCUCUGUGUUUCUCCCUUGUUGUGAAAUGUGUUUCACUUCAUCCAUUGAUUGCGUCCCAAUUGGUUGUGACACUUCACAUGAUGUUGUGUUUUGGCUCUAAUGCGUCUAAAUCAGUGGACCACAGUAGCAAAAGGAACUUUGACUUGCAUCGGAGGGUGAUGACUUGGCUCAUC